AUGGGUAGAGAAGACCGCUACGGCUACCCAUCAUCAUCUUCCCGCCGGGACUCAAAAUGGGAUGAUAGCGAGGACUCCCUCAGACCCUCCGCCCGCGGCCAAGACUCUUCCUCGUCCUCCUCCAGACCCCGCUCGAGAUCACGCUCCGGGACACGCUCGACAAAGACGCACAAAUCCUCAAAAUCCUCCAAGUCUUCCCGAUCCUCAAAGGCCCCCGAGGUCGUCUCCAAGCCCUCCAAAACCCCCAAAGAUCCCCGCGACAUGCCUCGCAAACGCAAGUCGACCGGCGGUGAGACCUCGUCUACCACCGCCGCGGGCACAAGCACGAGCACCGAGAUCGCCAGUACCAAAAACACCAGCAGCGGCAGCACCUUUGGCGUCUCCCCGGCCGGCCUCUUGAGCAACCUCUCGUCUGCAUACAGCGUCUUCCAGGCCCUCCCGAACCUCUCCAACCUCACCGGCGGCGGUUCUGCUGCUCCCACGACCCCCAAUGGCACCCCCAUGACCACCUCCUCCUUCGAGCUCGCCCUCCCCGACACGCCCGUCACGAACCUCCUCAACCCCUCCAACCUCCGCUUCCCCAACUCCCAGGACGUCCUCCACGCCCGCCUAUCUACGAACCUCCCCCGCCACGGCAACGCCUACGUGAUCCUCCUCGUCGGCACCCUCCUCACCUCCCACUGGCUCGUCCUCGCCGCCCUCUUCGGCGUCGUCAAGGGCGGCCUCUUCCUCCAGUCCUACAACGGCCGCGACAUCGCCCGCGACCUCGGCGUCCGCAAGUACGCCUCCUCUCAGCAGCUCAUGACCGGCUUCGCCGCCGCCGCCGCCUUUGUCGCCCUCUGGGCCUUCUCCUCCAUCUUCAGCGUUGUCCUCACCAUCGUCAAGGUCGCCGCCCUCGUCUGCGUCCACGCUGCCUUCUUCGACAUCGACGCCGCCCCCAAGGGCCGCCCCAUCCACAGGGUCCCCAGCGGGCCUGUCCCUACACAAGGUGUGCUGAGGCCCGCGGGAACUUCUGCUCUCACGCCGCAGAACGCCGUCGCCUGGGCCGGCCAGCAGAUCCGCUCCGUCAGCGAGGGCAACCUCAACCUCAGCACCGCUGCCGCGCAGGCCAACGGCUGGUUCGCGGGCGAGGGCUUCGUCGAGGGUGACCACGAGGAGUUCGUGGCCAUGCCGCGGCCGCCGCGGUCUUCGGGUUCAUUUGACCAGUUCACGCCGCGCAGCGAGGAGGGCGGCGUCGAGGAGAUCCCGCGGCCGUGGGGGUACCACGAGAACGCGAGGCCGCAGAGCUACGUCGCGGGAAGGUCCUACUAG